AUUAACUACGAGAAAGACGAGCCUCCGGGGCGAGGCUAACGCUUGAAAGAAAUCGCCGUCUCCCUCUUGUACUCCGCUCUCCUCUCUUCUCGCUUCGUCCCCGAUCCCCAAAUCCUAAUCGAUCUAGGAAUUCAGCGCUCCCCAUCGCCGGAAACCAUGGCGUGCUCGAUCGCCGUCGAGGAGCUUUCCGCCGCGGAGCUCCUCCUCCGGGCCGCGGCGAUGGUGCCGACGUCCCACUACCUCUUGGCCGGCCUCCUCCUCCUCGUAGUUUUCCUCUACAACUUCAUCGAGUGUCACCUCGUCGGCGACCUCAUUCGUGGGUGCAGGGGCGGUCCGGUGAGCCUUACUUUCGACCCGGCGUCCAAGAUCUACGAGGGGGUCGUCUCCAAGUGUCGGAUCCUUCACGGAAGGUACUUGGCCACACCGUGGCUCGCGAGCCCCCAUUUCCAGACUGCGUUUCUGAAUUUCUUCGGGAAUCCUCCGGUUUUUAACUACAGAAGGCAGUUAUUCUCUGUAUAUGAUGGUGGAACUAUUGCUUUAGAUUGGUUGUUUCCUUCUGAUGUUGCAGGAGGUUUUACUGAUACCUCCAGGAUCAUUCCUAAAGAUGAUAUAACACCUAUUGUAGUUGUGGUCCCUGGACUGACUAGCGAUUCUCUUUCUGCGUAUGUAAAACAUUUUGCCCAUGCAAUAGCAAAAGAGGGAUGGAAUGUUGUUGUUAGCAACCAUCGAGGCCUGGCUGGCAUCUCCCUGACAUCUGAUUGCUUCUAUAAUGCUGGAUGGACGGAAGAUGUUCGAGAAGUUGUUAACUAUCUUCAUCGAGAAUAUCCAAAGGCUCCUCUUUUUGCUGUUGGGACGAGUAUUGGCGCCAAUAUUCUGGUCAAAUAUCUUGGAGAAGAUGGGGAAAAUACGCCUAUUGCUGGUGCUGCAUCUAUUUGCUCUCCUUGGGAUCUGGUGGUUUGUGACAGGUUCAUUACUCGCAAGCUUGUGCAACGGUUUUAUGACAGAGCUCUUACAACUGGUCUUAAGGGUUAUGCUCGAUUACAUCAACCUAUCUUAACUCGUCUUGCAAACUGGGAAGGCAUUCGAAAGUCCCGCUCUGUCCGAGACUUUGACAACCAUGCCACUUGCCUUGUUGGAAAAUUUGAGACAGUGGAUACAUACUAUCGCCGCUGUAGCAGUGCUAAUUAUGUUGGGAAUGUAUCAGUGCCACUGCUUUGCAUCAGUGCUUUGGAUGAUCCAGUCUGUACAAAGGAGGCAAUUCCUUGGGAUGAGUGCAGAGCGAACAAAAACAUUGUUUUGGCAACAACAGCUCAGGGUGGACAUCUUGCAUAUUUUAAAGGACUAACUGCACAUAGCUUAUGGUGGGUGGGAGCUGUCCAUGAGUUUCUUAAUGUUCUACACUGCAGCCCGUUCAUGCAUGGCCAGAAAAAGACAUUACAUCCUGGCUUGCAUUCUUCUCUGGAAUCGUCCAUUGAUAAGAGCCCAUAUGUAAAUAUCAUGGAAGAUGGAAUGGUUGCUGCAAUGAAGAAUGAAGGAGCAGGUUCCAGCAAUACCCUGGACUUGCCAGGUGAUAAGAUAAAUCAUGACAUGAAAUCUGAGAACGACUCUGCAGUUUCUGACCAAAGAGAACCAAUAACAGAAGCAUGCACGGAUCCUGUUCAUGAGGUUUUCCCUUCAGUUGAGAAGGCAGAGAAUGAGAGUUAUUCCAAUAUCCACGAUGCGACUGCUCCAAUGAAGAGAUCCAUAAACCAGCUGUCACGACGUUUUGGAACAUCAAUAUGGUUGCUCGCAUACAUUGCCAUCACGACAAGCUGGCCUCUGGUUGGCACUCUCCUUAAUAUCUUCAGGAGGAAAUUUAAGGGUUCUUUGCCAGCAUCUUUGCUUAGAAGAUAAAGAACGUGAACACCUAUAUCUGACAUGUCUGCAUCUUUAUCACCUGAUGGCAUGCAGGUGACUUUUUGUUUAAACUAUAUGAUAAACUGUCACAAGGUUAUAGACCUUUAGAUAUCUUCAUGAUAGGGCCUAGAAUUCGUCCGACUGCAUCAAAAGGGCAGCUGUAAAAUCUCUUUCAUAGAUGCAGAUGAUUGGCAAACAGAUCCUUGUCUGGCAAAUUCAUCAAUUCUGCAUGCUUGUUUGCAUUGAUGCUAAAGUAUGGCAACGCACACCACCAAAAGGCACAGCAUGGCAGUUACAUUCUGUCCUUCUUGUGGAUAUGGAACUCCAAGCCUGUUUGAUCUGCCAUACUGCUCCUUCAGGAUGCCUGAACGUGGGACUGGAAUUAAUUUAGCACAGUGCUACUUUACACUUGCUGCUUACCAUCUACAAUAAGCAGGCUUCUCGUAGAACAAUAAAUAGAAAUGCGAGGUACGACGGGCUAAGCCUGUGAUUGGCCCCUCCGUCCAGCCUGCAGGUUAGAUGUGGGUGCAUUAUACUUGGAUUUGGCAAGGUUUAGUCUUGAAAAUUUUGGCUCAGGCUGGUAUUUGUACCCUAAUAACCUAGUGUAAUUCAGCUUGAGGAUAUUGGGUCUGUGCUUAAGGGUUAUAAUUAUGUUUGUUAAACUUUAUUUGUGGUAAUGAAGAAAAUUUUGGUGGCAAUA